UCCCGUGAAAGGAGACACGGAUGUGAACAUCCGUUAACCAUUUUCUCUCCCUGCAAGACGCAUCCACGUUAUCGCCAAUGCAGUUUGCCGCCGCUCAGCAGCCACAGCACCACCAAGUUGCCCUGGGCGAGUUUGAUUCAAAGGCUAGUUCCAAUAACACGUACAAUAGCUGCAAGAGCGGGUGCACCAACUACAUGGGGUUGCUGAGUUCGCCAGCGAGUUACGAGAGUCGGCGAGUGCAAAGGAGCGUAAGCAGCCACUCGCUGCAGAAGAAUAGUGCUGGACCCCACCACCCUUUUUCUCCUCUCUUCGCUCGGUUGCUUGACUCCCAAAACGGUUCCGUACGGAGAGCUUGCAGUACCGAGAUUUCGAUGCAAUAUUAUCAUCAUUCAGAUAAUCCAUUGUCGAGUGAAAGUAGCUUGAUCAUAAAAGAAAUGAGCAGAACCAGUCCUUAUAGCCCAGAAGGGAAGAAAGUGAGGAUUGAGAGAUAUAGGAGCAAGAGAAACCAGAGGAGCUUCGACAAGAAAAUAAAGAUAUAGUUUAUUUUAUUUUUUUCAGAUGCAGUUUUAUAAUAAAAUUUAU